AUGAUCGGUUCACCAUUAACAAUGCAAAAUCGUCAAUUGAACUGUUAUAGUUCAAAAGAAAAGGCAGAAGUAUGUGUUGAAUAUCCAAAUCAAGGUUCAUGUGCUUUAGGAAAUACAAUAACAAAGAAUAAAUUUACUCGAUCGUGUCAACCUAGUCGAUAUCAACCUGAAAUAUCAAUUAGAAUGUAUCAAGAUCCAAGUACUGCAACAUUUGAUAUUCUAUGUACGCAAAAUUUAUGUAAUACACAAUCAACAUUAAAUUCUAUAAAAGAUAUUUUAUUUCGAUACAAUGUAACACAAACACCAGAUGGUCGAUUAACUGGCUCAAGAUUUCAAGUUUCUGCUUUUCUUAUUUUAAUUAUGAUAUCUAUUGCAUUUUUUAAUUAUCAUAAAUAA